UCUGUUUCAUCAUAUUUUCCUGUGUCACACAGUCUGAAUCUUGGUACUAGUGCAAAUCAGCAGAAAUACAACUAUGUUAAAUGCAUUAUGCUGAUGGCUUCAAAGCUGGGGCUAAGGUCUAGAGACAAGGUCAUCUGACACACUCACCUUCCAGGACAAGGGCAUUGUCAUCUAUGCGUUCAAGGUGGGAUUUUGAAAAGCUCCCUGCACUCUCAGAAAUUAGAUCCAGCUGCUGGUCACUUCUGGGAGAGCAGGUAGACCAAAACUGAGAAUAGUUGCUGGGAGAUGAUCUCUCCCAUGUCAUCUAUGUCAAAGGAUUGUUGGAAAAUCUUCCCGGGGAAUGUAUGAGUGAUUUCAAGGAGGAAGAAAAAAAAUCUUCAGACCUUUUUGGAACUUCGUGCAGUCCUUAGCAGAUUAUAAAUCAUUCUGGGGAAAAAAAAACCCACAACAUAUUUGGAAUGGAAAAAAAGCCAAGUGAAAUCUAAAUUAAAGGCAAAACAAAUCCCUACAGAUACCAAAUCAGUCAGUGGAUUAAAAGUGUUACAGGGAACCUUUUGCAUCUCUGCUCUUUCUGCUAAUGAAAAGAAAGGGGAUGAGAGACAUGAAGACACAAAAUAUACACAACAAUUUGAGCUGAAUUCUUUCGUUUGUAUAAGAUAGCAGAAGAAACCAAAAGCCACUGAUGCCUCUUGAAGGUAUUUGAAAUAAUUACCAGUUCUCCUGGCUAUUGGGUUAGAAAAAUUAACAAUCCCUUCUUUUUAACAGACAGAGUCAAAGCUCUGUCCGAACUCCAUGGGAAAACUAAAGAGAUUAAGAGAACAACAACUUGCUGAGCAUGGAAGCUUGUCUGAAAUAGUGACACACUGAGAAGUUAAUCCUGGUUAGCUGAAGCCAUGAAUGUAAAAGUUCCCUGUUAAAUUAUCUGUGUGAUAAAGAAUUACUUAACUGCUACGAUAAAAGCAGUAGUAAAACAUUGCUGUGACUUCAGUUAGUGUAGGCUAACAGCUUGUUUGCAAACCUCCUUUGCCAGUUUCCUAAAAUUUCUGUCACGUGCACAUUCAUCCGGGGCCAAAGAUUCUGUUAUGCCAUGUGCUGUGUUUUCCUGUAGCAGAGACACCCAACUGUGCUGAAAACAAUUUCUGAGAGAUAAAGCUUUAGUGUUACCUGCUCCCGUUCUUGUCUCCCUAAGAAAUAUAGAUGAUAGAAGUAGCUCUAGCCUGUAUUCAUCUCCUACCAAAGGCACAGGUCUCUUUCAAAUCUUCAGUGAAACAGCCUCAGAUACAUUUGCAGGCUGGUUAACCUGUGCUACAGAAAUAGGAGGGAAGCCCCUGAGAGCUGCACAACAGUAACUGGCUAUUUUCCUGCUCACGCAGAUAAAAUGAACAUUCAAGAGUAUUUCUCAAGAAUUUCUUUCGAUGGCUCCCAUAAGGAAGCAGACUUGCAAACCUUAACAGCCAUCUUCCAGCAUCACAUCCAGGCGAUUCCUUUUGAAAACCUCAGCAUGCAUUGCGGAGAGACCAUUGACCUGGAUUUGCAAUCUACUUACAAUAAAAUAGUGAAAAAGAAACGUGGUGGAUGGUGCAUGGAAACAAACUACCUUUUAUUUUGGGCUUUGAAAGAAAUGGGGUAUGACAUCUGUGUGCUUGGAGGAAAUAGUUAUGACCCAGCAAAGAAGGCAUACAUUGAUCAAAUAAAUCACAUCCUACUGAAGGUUGUGAUCAAGGGAAGUUCCUACAUAGUAGAUGCUGGUUUUGGUGGUGGUCCCUACCAAACAUGGCUGCCAAUGUUGCUGAUUUCUGGGAAGGAUCAACCCCAGAUUCCUGGUAUCUUCCGCUUCACAGAAGACAAUGGUGUCUGGUACUUGGAGAAAGUCAAGAGGAAACAUUAUGUUCCAGAGGGAAGUGUUCCUCUCACUGAUACUCCAGAAAUGGGCAAUAUCAGAAAACUAUAUUCAUUCACUCUUGAGCCAAAACAUAUAGAUGACUUCCAGGAGCUAAACACAUACCUACAAGUGUCUCCGGAUACCAUACUUCACAAGAAGUCGAUCUGCAGCCUCCAGACCACUGAAGGGUUUUAUGCCUUAGUUGGAUGGACCUUCUCUGAGAUGAAAUACAAGUACAAGGAGGACACAGACCUGCUGCAGACCACAACCCUCACAGAUGAAGAGAUUGCGAAGACACUGAAAGAAAAAUUCAACAUAGUGUUAGAGAACAAAUUGAUACCAGUAAAUGUUCGUGGCUUGCCACCUAAUCUGGUGGAUUCCAUAUAAUUCACAACACAGCUAAAUGAGUCUUUAAAUAUCCAGUAUUGAAACUUCUAAAACUAAUAUUAAUAGCAUUAAUGUAUUCUAAAAAUUCAGCUAAUUAGAUAAACAGAAAGCUUGGUAAAUUCAAGUAUAUUGUUAGUUAACUGCCCAUACUCAUUUUGGAUUUUUUCUUACACUUCUCCUUUAGAAACUAAAAUAUCUUACUUCCUUUAAUCUUCUCAUGUGGAAAUUGUAUUUUGUCUCCCUUAAAUUUUGUUCCAACUCUCUGUAUCUCAUUUGC